CUCCGUCGUCUGCCAGCGCGUGACGCCCCCUGCGCGCCCAUCACCUCAGGCCCCGUCGCAGGGUCCGGUGAGGCCAGGAGGGGCUUCCGCCGGUGUUCCUCAACCUGUCCCACACCCAGGGGCUCGCAGGCCAUUCUUCUCCCCGAUAGCCCGGUGCUAGCACCUGCAUCCUUAUCUGAACCCGCUUCCCGACUUCUGCCCCGAGUCAUCCGCAGUUCCCACUGAGGUACCACACUUCCUCCUUCUGACGUUCGGGACCCAGUUCUGCCCCGCCCCUCCUCCAUGGCUGGACCGCCCCGCGCGGGAGCGGUGGGCGGCCCUGACCGUGCGGAUUCUUCUGCUGCGCCCGGCCCUCCUAGGACAGACGCUGGGGAUGGCUCAGGGCGUGUGUUUAAGACGUGAGCCCCGCUGACCCAGAGAGAUGCCCGACCCCUGCGUUUGUCCUGAAGAAUUAUGGAGAGAACCCAGAAGCCUACAAUGAAGAACUGAAGAAGCUGGAGUUGCUCAGACAGGGUCUUGCUACAUUGCCCAGACUGGUAUCUAACUCCUGGCCUCAAGCGAUCCUCCCACCUUGGCCUCCCAAAAUGCUGGGACCACAUGUGUGAGCCACUGCACCUGAUCUGGAGUCCAGUUUUUGACCCUGAAUGCUGUCCGUGUCCCACGAGACUUUGAGGGCUGUAGUGUCCUCCGCAAGUACCUCGGCCAGCUUCAUUACCUGCAGAGUCGGGUCCCCAUGGGCUCGGGCCAGGAGGCCGCUGUCCCUGUCACCUGGACAGAGAUCUUCUCAGGCAAGUCUGUGGCCCAUGAGGACAUCAAGUACGAGCAGGCCUGUAUUCUCUACAACCUUGGAGCACUGCACUCCAUGCUGGGGGCCAUGGACAAGCGGGUUUCUGAGGAGGGCAUGAAGGUCUCCUGUACCCACUUCCAGUGCGCAGCCGGCGCCUUCGCCUACCUGCGGGAGCACUUCCCUCAAGCCUACAGCGUCGACAUGAGCCGCCAGAUCCUUACUCUCAACGUCAACCUCAUGCUGGGCCAGGCUCAGGAGUGCCUCCUGGAGAAGUCGAUGUUGGACAACAGGAAGAGCUUUCUGGUGGCCCGCAUCAGUGCACAGGUGGUAGAUUACUACAAGGAAGCAUGCCGGGCCUUGGAGAACCCCGACACUGCCUCACUGCUGGGCCGGAUCCAGAAGGACUGGAAGAAGCUUGUGCAGAUGAAGAUCUACUACUUCGCAGCCGUGGCUCAUCUGCACAUGGGAAAGCAGGCCGAGGAGCAGCAGAAGUUCGGGGAGCGGGUUGCGUACUUCCAGAGCGCCCUGGACAAGCUCAAUGAAGCCAUCAAGUUGGCCAAGGGCCAGCCUGACACAGUGCAAGACGCGCUUCGUUUCACUAUGGAUGUCAUUGGGGGAAAGUUCAAUUCUGCCAAGAAGGACAACGACUUCAUCUACCAUGAGGCUGUCCCAGCAUUAGACACCCUUCAGCCUGUAAAAGGAGCCCCCUUGGUGAAGCCCUUGCCAGUGAACCCCACAGACCCAGCUGUUACAGGCCCUGACAUCUUCGCCAAACUGGUACCCAUGGCUGCCCAUGAGGCCUCGUCACUCUACAGUGAGGAGAAGGCCAAGCUGCUCCGGGAGAUGAUGGCCAAGAUUGAGGACAAGAAUGAGGUCCUGGACCAAUUCAUGGAUUCAAUGCAGUUGGAUCCCGAGACCGUGGACAACCUUGAUGCCUACAGCCACAUCCCACCCCAGCUCAUGGAGAAGUGUGCGGCCCUCAGCGUCCGGCCCGACACUGUCAGGAACCUUGUCCAGUCCAUGCAAGUGCUGUCAGGUGUGUUCACGGAUGUGGAGGCUUCCCUGAAGGACAUCAGAGACCUGCUGGAGGAGGAUGAGCUGCUAGAGCAGAAGUUUCAGGAGGCGGUGGGCCAGACGGGGGCCACCUCCGUCCCCUCCAAGGCUGAGCUGGCAGAGGUGAGGCGAGAAUGGGCCAAGUACAUGGAAGUCCACGAGAAGGCCUCCUUUACCAACAGUGAGCUGCACCGUGCCAUGAACCUGCACGUCGGCAACCUGCGCCUGCUCAGUGGGCCACUUGACCAGGUCCGGGCUGCCCUGCCCACACCGGCCCUCACCCCAGAGGACAAGGCCGUGCUGCAGAACCUAAAGCGCAUCCUGGCCAAGGUGCAGGAGAUGCGGGACCAGCGUGUGUCCCUGGAGCAGCAGCUGCGUGAGCUUAUCCAGAAAGAUGACAUCACUGCCUCACUGGUCACCACAGACCACUCAGAGAUGAAGAAGCUGUUCGAGGAGCAGCUGAAAAAGUACGACCAGCUGAAGGUAUACCUGGAGCAGAACCUGGCCGCCCAGGACCGUGUCCUCCGCGCACUGACAGAGGCCAACGUGCAGUAUGCAGCCGUGCGGCGGGUACUCAGCGACCUGGACCAAAAGUGGAACUCCACGCUGCAGACCCUGGUGGCCUCGUAUGAAGCCUAUGAGGACCUGAUGAAGAAGUCACAGGAGGGCAGGGACUUCUACGCAGACCUGGAGAGCAAGGUGGCUGCUCUGCUGGAGCGCACGCAGUCCACCUGCCAGGCCCGCGAGGCUGCCCGCCAGCAGCUCUUGGACAGGGAGCUGAAGAAGAAGCCGCCGCCACGGCCCACAGCCCCAAAGCCACUGCUACCCCGCAGGGAGGAGAGUGAGGCGAUGGAAGCAGGAGACCCCCCCGAGGAGCUGCGCAGCCUUCCCCCUGACAUGGUGGCUGGCCCACGACUGCCCGACACCUUCCUGGGAACUGCCACCCCGCUCCACUUUCCUCCCAGCCCCUUCCCCAGCUCCACAGGCCCAGGACCCCACUAUCUCUCAGGCCCCUUGCCCCCUGGUACCUACUCAGGCCCCACCCAGCUGAUACAGCCCAGGGCCCCAGGGCCCGCUGCAAUGCCUGUAGCACCUGGGCCUGCCCUCUACCCAGCCCCUGCCUACACACCGGAGCUGGGCCUUGUGCCCCGAUCCUCCCCCCAGCAUGGUGUGGUGAGCAGUCCUUAUGUGGGGGUAGGGCCGGCCCCACCAGUUGCAGGUGUGCCCUCCGCCCCACCUCCUCAAUUCUCAGGCCCCGAGCUGACCAUGGUGGUUCGGCCAGCCACCACCACAGUAGAUAGCAUCCAGGCGCCCAUCCCCAGCCACACAGCCCCACGGCCAAACCCCACGACUGCUCCUCCCCAGCCCCGCUUCCCGGUGCCCCCACCACAGUCACUGCCCACACCUUACACCUACCCCGUAGGGACCAAGCAACCCGUCCCAGCCCAGCACCACUUCUCUCCUGGGAUCCCUGCAGGUUUUCCAGCCCCGAGGAUUGGGCCCCAGCCCCAGCCCCAUCCUUCACGAGCAUUUGGGCCUCAACCCCCACAGCAGCCCCUUCCACUCCAGCAUCCACACCUCUUCCCACCCCAGGCCCCAGGACUCCUACCCCCACAGUCCCCCUACCCCUAUGCCCCUCAGCCUGGGGUUCUGGGGCAGCCGCCAACCCCCCUGCACACCCAGCUCUACCCAGGUCCUGCUCAAGACCCUCUGCCAGCCCACUCAGGGGCUCUGCCUUUCCCCAGCCCUGGGCCCCCUCAGCCUCCCCAUCCCUCCCUGGCAUAUGGUCCUGCCCCUUCUACCAGACCCGUGGGCCCCCAGGCAGCCCCUCUUACCAUCCGAGGGCCCUUGCCUGCUGGCCAGCCCACCCCCAGUCCCCACCUGGUGCCUUCACCUGCUCCAUCUCCAGGGCCCGGUUCUGUGCCCCCUCGGCCCCCAGCAGCAGAACCACCCCCUUGCCUGCGCCGAGGCGCUGCAGCUGCAGACCUGCUCUCCUCCAGCCCGGAGAGCCAGCAUGGCAGCACUCAGCCUCCUGGGGGUGGGCAGCCCCUGCUGCAGCCCACCAAGGUGGACGCAGCUGAGGGCCGUCGGCCACAGGCCCUGCGGCUGAUUGAGCGGGACCCGUAUGAGCAUCCUGAGAGGCUGCGGCAGUUGCAGCAGGAGCUGGAGGCCUUUCGGGGCCAGCUGGGGGAUGUGGGGGCUCUGGACACUGUCUGGCGGGAACUGCAAGAUGCGCAGGAACAUGAUGCCCGAGGCCGUUCCAUCGCCAUCGCCCGCUGCUACUCACUGAAGAACCGGCACCAGGAUGUCAUGCCGUACGACAGUAACCGUGUGGUACUGCGCUCAGGCAAGGAUGACUACAUCAAUGCCAGCUGUGUGGAGGGGCUCUCCCCAUACUGCCCGCCGCUAGUGGCCACCCAGGCCCCACUGCCCGGCACAGCUGCUGACUUCUGGCUCAUGGUCCAUGAGCAGAAAGUGUCAGUCAUUGUCAUGCUGGUUUCUGAGGCUGAGAUGGAGAAGCAAAAAGUGGCACGCUACUUCCCCACCGAGAGGGGCCAGCCCAUGGUGCACGGUGCCCUGAGCCUGGCAUUGAGCAGCGUCCGCAGUACUGAAACGCAUGUGGAACGUGUGCUGAGCCUGCAGUUCCGAGACCAGAGCCUCAAGCGCUCUCUCGUGCACCUCCACUUCCCCACUUGGCCUGAGUUAGGCCUGCCCGACAGCCCCAGCAACUUGCUGCACUUCAUCCAGGAGGUGCACGCACAUUACCUGCAUCAGCGGCCACUGCACACGCCCAUCGUUGUGCACUGCAGCUCUGGUGUGGGCCGCACGGGAGCCUUUGCGCUGCUCUAUGCAGCUGUGCAGGAGGUGGAGGCUGGGAAUGGAAUCCCUGAGCUGCCUCAACUGGUGCGACGCAUGCGGCAGCAGAGGAAGCACAUGCUGCAGGAGAAGCUGCACCUCAGGUUCUGCUAUGAGGCAGUGGUGAGACACGUGGAGCAGGUCCUGCAGCGCCAUGGUGUGCCCCCUCCGUGCAAACCCUUGGCCAGUGCAAGCAUCACCCAGAAGAACCACCUUCCUCAGGACUCCCAGGACCUGGUCCUCGGUGGGGAUGUGCCCAUCAGCUCCAUCCAGGCCACCAUUGCCAAGCUCAGCAUCCGGCCUCCUGGGGGAUUGGAGUCCCCAGUUGCCAGCUUGCCAGGCCCUGCAGAGCCCCCAGGCCUCCCGCCAGCCAGCCUCCCAGAGUCUACCCCAAUCCCAUCUUCCUCCCCGCCCCCACUUUCCUCCCCGCUGCCUGAGGCUCCCCAGCCUAAGGAGGAGCCGCCAGUGCCUGAAGCCCCCAGCUCGGGGCCCCCCUCCUCCUCCCUGGAGCUGCUGGCCUCCUUGACCCCAGAGGCCUUCUCCCUGGACAGCUCCCUGCGGGGCAAGCAGCGGAUGAGCAAGCAGAACUUUCUGCAGGCCCAUAACGGGCAAGGGCUACGGGCUACCCAGCCCUCUGACGACCCCCUCAGCCUUCUGGAUCCACUCUGGACACUCAACAAGACCUGAACAGGUUUCGCCUACCUGGUCCUUACACUACAUCAUCUCUCAUGCCCACCUGCCCACACCCAGCAGAGCUUCUCAGUGGGCACAGUCUCUUACUCCCAUUUCUGCUGCCUUUGGCCUGCCUGGCCCAGUCCGCACCCCUGUGGGGUGGAGAUGUACUGCAGGCUCUGGGUCAGGUUCUGCUCCUUUAUGAGACCUGACAUUUUUCAGCUCUUUGCUAUUGAAAUAAUAAACCACCCUGUUCUGUGGCCCA